AUGUUUUAAUCCGAUAGUGAAGAAGAAGAUUCACUAAUAGUAAGUUUAUAAAAUCUAGUAAUUUAGAUAGGAGACAUCAUUCAGGGUCGAUUUGAGAUCCAUUCGAAGAUAGGCUACGGUUCUUUCGGCUAGGUUUACAAGGUGAUCGAUUAAAAAUAUGGGAAUACUCCAUAUGCAAUGAAGGUGGAAUUUGCCAAUUAGGAAUGCAAUUUGUUGGAAAAGGAAAUAAAGGUUUUGAUAGAUUUGAGGUAUAAAUGAGAAUUGAUAUGUUUAAGAAAAAAAGUUGGAUUUCCAGAGAUAAAGUUUUAUGGGAAGGAAAAGAGAUUUACAUUUUGUGUGAUGAAUAUCUUGGGGAAGAAUUUGGAAUCCGUGAUUAGAAAAUGCGGGGGUUCGUUCUCUCUUUAAACUGUUUUGCGAUUGGCAAUCUAAGUUAUUACACAGUCAAAUUUAGAUGAUAGAAAGAAUUGAAGCCCUCCAUUCUUGCAAGUAUUUGCAUCGAGACCUCAAACCUGAUAAUUUUGUACUAGAAAAUACGACCAGUCCAAAAAUAAUAAACUUAAUUGAUUUUGGGUUAUCAAAAAAAUAUGCUGUAUUAAUAAAUUUGAUUAAUAGAAUUCAAAAGGAGAUCAUAUCAAAUUAAUCAAAAAACCAGGAUUAAUUGGUACAGCUAGAUAUGCAAGUAUCAAUGCUCAUGAGUCUCUUGAGUAAGGAAGGAGAGAUGAUCUCUAAAGUUUAGGAUAUGUUUUACUGUAUCUACUUACUGGGCAUCUUCCAUGGAUGAAUGUUAAGAUCGAAAUGAAAAAUCUUAAAUAUGCUAAAAUUCAUCAAAUGAAGAAAAACAUGAAAUUGGAAUAGCUCUUCUCCAAAUAACCAAAGUGUUUUAUUAAGUUUAUGUAAGAUGUAUAAACCUUAGAUUUUGCAUAAUAACCCAAUUAUAAAUAACUCAAAGGUCAUUUCUAAGAUGAAUUGUCUUAGCUCUCUCUUAAUUAUUUAAAUUAUGGUUAUGAUUGGGAAAAGCUACCAGAAUAUUCCAGUAAAAAGAAGAAGCAUUAAACCAUCGCAAUCAUGAAUAGUUCAGGAAGAGAUGAAAUCAUGAAUAUUCAAUUCUAAAAGUUUGAUCCCAAUAAACAUGAAUAAUUGUUGAAGAAAAGUACAAAAAAAUUGGAUAAUAAACCAUUCCUCAUUAAUGUGGCUGAACCAUCCGAACAUCAAAAGCAAUUAGACGUUUAACCUCAACACAUAUCUGGGAACCCAUUUCUCCAAAUCCCUUAAUAUAAUUCUUGUACCAAAAUAGAUUAAUUAUCCUCUCUAAAUUAAUCUAAUCAUACAUCCAAAACCAAUAAUUACUUAUAGAGUGAUGAUGUGAUGAGCGAAGAAUUGCUCCCAAAUAUCGAAAUGAAAGAAAGUUCUCUCCCAGGAUUCAAAAAAAUGAUUGAUUAUGAAAUGAUAGGCAUCAAAAAGCCUUUAGUUCUCAAUAAAAAAACCUCACGUAUUUAUACAUCAUUAUUCAUUAGAAAUGGAUACUAUACGAAUUAUGCAACAAACCUUUGUCAAACCUUAAGUAAUUAAGGAUGAAGAAGAAAAUCCUGAGUUAGAGCUUAGUGAUUGA